UAAAAGGAUGUGAUUAUGUCAAUAUUACGGCAUUUCGUUAAUAAUCCUUCACAGACACACGUAAACAAAACCAAAUUAUAAACUUACUAAAUUAAUUAAUAGAGUAAAUCAUUGUUAAGAUUAUAGACUUCUCGUGCUUCAUAUAUAAUAAAAAUUUACUGUGGUGAAAUGGACAAGAAUAAAUUAAAUUACUUCAAAGUGAGACUACAAGCUGAAAGUGUCAUGGGACUCCAAGCGUGAACGAGAGUAUAUUCCAACAUUUUUGCAAUGGAUAUUCUGCAGCAGAGAGAUAAGAGAUUGCAAGAUGUCAGAAGCCAACAUACUUCUUUCCUCAUAGAAGACAUUCUGUUUCGACCCAAACCUACUCUUCCUCAGGUCCCGAUUAUGGGUCCGGCGUUGAGUCGUGGCUCCUCUGUGCUGUCCAAUGGCUACUACAUGCUGCACGCUGCCUAUCUUCAUCCUGCAGCUCAUCCCUACCUGCACAAAGCGGAGCCCUUCUUCCAGACGCCAGGUCUAGGUUUCGGCGGCCUGUUUGCGGGCGACGCUGGAGAUAUGGGGGCCAAGCACUGUCGGCGGCGGAAGGCGAGGACAGUGUUCUCGGACCACCAGCUGAUGGGCUUGGAAAAGCGGUUCGAGUCUCAACGGUACCUCUCCACACCAGAGCGUGUGGAGCUGGCGAAUGCUCUCAAACUCUCGGAGACUCAGGUGAAGACAUGGUUCCAGAACCGCCGCAUGAAACACAAGAAGCAGCUGAGGAAGCUGAAUGAGGACGCCAAGUACAGCAACGCAGAGAGAGCCACUUCCGGCGGACCCGUGGACUUCUCAAGUCGCCCCACAUCGUCUUCACAAUUGGGUGGCAAGGUGACGCACAGCGAAAGUGAGGAAGAUGAGAUAGACAUCGUUGGUGAGCAACACAGCGCCCAGCCCACGUUGGUGUGAGCAAUAGUGACAGCACUGAGAGACUCAGGAGACGGGACUGUGAGCUUCUAGUGACAGGAUUGUGAGCUUCUGGCGACAGGACUGAGACACUCAAAUAACAGGAUUGUGAGAUUCCAGUGACAGUGCCGAGAGACUCAGAUGAGAGGAUUGUGAGCUUCUGGUACCAGGAUUGUGAGGCUCAAAUAAUAUGAUUGUGACCUUCCGGUGAGUGUCGAGGGA